UAAAAAUUUUCAGUAGAAAAAAGGCUCGAGUCGUCAGCACACUGUAGUUCCAACAAUUUUCGGAUCAAAAUUAUAUUGAAAUAUAUCCAGGCCAAAAUUUAAGUUACCCGUAAGCUUUAUUAUGUCCAGCUAUAGAAGAUUAUUCCGCGCAAAGCGCCUAAUAAACUUGAUGAAGGCAAACCGGGGAAUGACCAGUACUGGCAAACAGCCAAUUUUCGAUGUGGAGACGAGAAAGGACUUCGAGCAACGUGUGAUCAACAGCGAUCGGCCGGUGGUUGUGGACUUUCAUGCCAGCUGGUGCUGUCCUUGUAAGGCCCUGGCUCCUCGACUGGAGAACGUUGUAUCCGAGCAGGAAGGUCGAGUGAGAUUGGCCCGGGUCGAUAUUGAUGAGCACGGGGAACUGGCCAUGGACUACAAUGUGGGUUCCGUUCCCUCGCUGGUGGUCAUCAGCAACGGCAAGGUGGUAAAUCGAAUGGUUGGCCUCCAGACCAGCGAAUACCUACGCAAGUGGCUGCAUAAGGCGGUGCCACACCCACCACCUGAGGAUACGGAGCACUAGAUCAGCAUGUCACUAGGGAGUGAUAACAGGUUCUUUUCUUUGUAGGCUCGCAUUCAGUUUUAUUAAAUCACGUUCUCAGCAACACGU